AGCCGCGAGCGGGCGGGGGGCGACUUGUCAGCGGGAAAUGGUGACUUCUUUCUGAAAUAGGGGCUCUUUCCUCCCCCCUAUGGAGAAGGGGGCGGCAGUUUACUUCCUUUUUUUAGAAAAAAUUUUUUCCUCCUGCUCCUCCCGCUCUCACACGCUAACUUGUUUAUCUCGGCUGCGGUGGGAGCUGCGGACGGCGGCGGGUGAGCGGCUCGCUGCCUUAGCUGAUAUUUGCCGAUGGACUCCAAAGAAUCAUUAACCCCACCUAGUAGAGAAGAAGUCCCCAGCAGUGCACUUGGUUCAGAGAGGAGGAAUGUGAUUGAUUUCUAUAAAAACCUAAGGGGAGGAGCUACUGUGAAGGUUUCUGCAUCUUCACCCUCACUGGCUGCUGCUUCUCAAUCAGAUCCCAAGCAGCGAAGACUUUUGGUUGAUUUUCCAAAAGGCUCAGGAAGCAAUGCACAGCAGCCAGAUCUGUCCAAAGCUGUUUCACUCUCAAUGGGACUGUACAUGGGAGAGACAGAAACAAAAGUGAUGGGAAAUGACCUGGGAUUCCCACAGCAGGGCCAAAUCAGCCUUUCCUCUGGAGAAACAGACUUUCAGCUCCUGGAAGAAAGUAUUGCAAACCUCAGUAGGUCAGCUGGUAUUCCAGAAAACUCCAAGAAAACUGCUGUGGCUGGAACCCCCACAGAGGAGUUUUCCAAAACUGAGUCUCAUAUAUCUUCAGAACAGCAAAACCUAGAGGGUCAGACUGGCACCAACGGUGGCAGUGUGAAGUUGUAUCCCACAGACCAAAGCACCUUUGACAUCUUGCAGGAUUUGGAGUUUUCUUCUGGGUCCCCAGGUAAAGAGGCGAAUGAGAGUCCUUGGAGAUCAGACCUGUUGAUGGACGAAAACUGUUUACUUUCUCCUUUGGCAGGAGAGGAUGAUCCAUUCCUUUUGGAAGGAAAUGUGAAUGAAGACUGCAAGCCUCUCAUUUUACCGGACACUAAACCUAAAAUUAAGGAUAAUGGAGAUGUGAUCUUAUCAAAUCCCAGCAGUGUACCACUGCCCCAAGUGAAAACAGAAAAAGAAGACUUCAUUGAACUCUGCACCCCUGGGGUAGUUAAGCAGGAGAAACUGGGCCCAGUUUACUGUCAGGCAAGCUUUUCUGGGGCAAAUAUAAUUGGUAAUAAAAUGUCUGCCAUUUCUGUACAUGGUGUGAGUACCUCUGGAGGACAGAUGUAUCACUAUGACAUGAAUACAGCAUCCCUCUCUCAGCAGCAGGAUCAGAAGCCUAUUUUUAAUGUCAUUCCACCAAUUCCUGUUGGUUCAGAAAAUUGGAAUAGGUGCCAAGGAUCUGGAGAUGACAACCUGACUUCCUUGGGAACUGUGAACUUCCCUGGUCGAUCAGUUUUUUCUAAUGGCUUUUCAAGCGCUGGAAUGAGGCCAGAUGUGAGCUCUCCUCCAUCUAGUUCCUCAACAACAACAGGACCACCUCCUAAACUCUGCCUGGUGUGCUCUGAUGAAGCCUCGGGGUGCCAUUAUGGGGUCUUGACGUGCGGAAGCUGUAAAGUAUUCUUCAAAAGAGCAGUGGAAGGUAGACAGCACAAUUAUCUUUGUGCUGGAAGAAAUGAUUGCAUCAUUGAUAAAAUUCGGAGAAAAAACUGCCCAGCCUGUCGCUAUCGAAAAUGUCUUCAAGCUGGAAUGAACCUGGAAGCUCGAAAAACAAAGAAAAAAAUUAAAGGAAUUCAACAAGCCACUACAGGAGUCUCACAAGAUACUUCUGAAAAUCCUCCUAACAAAACAAUAGUUCCUGCAACGUUACCACAACUCACCCCUACGCUGGUGUCACUCUUGGAAGUCAUUGAACCUGAGGUGUUAUAUGCAGGGUAUGACUGCAGUAUUCCAGACACAACCUGGAGGAUCAUGACCACACUCAACAUGUUAGGUGGGCGCCAAGUGAUUGCAGCGGUGAAAUGGGCAAAGGCAAUACCAGGAUUUAGGAACUUACACCUGGAUGACCAAAUGACCCUCCUGCAGUAUUCAUGGAUGUUUCUCAUGGCAUUUGCCCUGGGGUGGAGAUCUUACAGACAAUCAAGUGGAAAUCUCCUGUGUUUUGCUCCUGACCUGGUUAUUAAUGAGCAGAGAAUGAAUCUACCCUGCAUGUAUGACCAAUGUAAACAUAUGCUGUACGUUUCCUCUGAGUUAAAAAGGCUUCAGGUAUCUUACGAAGAGUACCUCUGUAUGAAAACCUUACUUCUUCUCUCUUCAGUUCCUAAGGAAGGUUUGAAGAGCCAAGAGCUAUUUGAUGAAAUUAGAAUGACCUACAUCAAAGAGCUAGGAAAAGCCAUUGUCAAAAGGGAAGGAAACUCCAGCCAGAACUGGCAGAGGUUUUAUCAGCUGACAAAACUUUUGGACUCCAUGCAUGAAGUGGUUGGAAAUCUCCUUAACUACUGCUUCCAAACAUUUUUGGAUAAGACCAUGAGUAUUGAAUUCCCUGAAAUGUUGGCUGAAAUCAUCACCAAUCAAAUACCAAAAUAUUCAAAUGGAAAUAUCAAAAAGCUUCUAUUUCAUCAAAAGUGACUGCCUUAUUAAGAAAGAUUGCCUUAAAGAAAGUUGAAGCUAUAGCUUUGAUUGUACAAACUAUCAAUUUGUCUUGUGGACGUUUUGUUGUUUUUUCUUUGUUUUUGUCUGUUUUGUUGUUGUUGUUGUUAAGUACGCACUACAUGUGGUUUAUAGAGGGCCAAGACUUGGCAACAGAAGCAAUUUAGUCAUCACUUUUCAGUGAUGGGUAAGUAGAUACUGAAAUUUAUUAUUUGGAGUGAUGAGUAAGUAGAUACUGAAAUUUAUUAUUUGGAACAUGCUAGAAACUAGAAUAGUGUGGGAGUAAUCGCCACCAUCAGUGAAGGAUGGCACCUGAACCACCAGUGCCCAAAGUCUGUGUAAUGAAUUUUGUGCUCAUACUUUUCAGCUGGCUGGAUACAACUUUCUAAACUUUUUGUUGAUGUAUUUUCUCACGUAUAGUUAGGAUAGUAUUUUUGAUUUAUGCAUGGAAUCCUGAAAAAGUUUACAAGUGUACAUCAGAAAAGGGAAGUUGUGCCUUUUAUAGCUAUUACUGUCUGGUUUUAACAAUUUCCUUUAUAUUUAGUGAACUACGCUUGCUCAUUUUUUCUUACAUUAUUUUUGUAUUCAAGUUAUUGUACAGCUGUUUAAGAUGGGCAGCUAGUUCAUAGCUUUCCUUAAUAAACUCUAAACAUUAAUCUGCGUGAAAAUGGGUUGGUGCUUCUAACCUGAUGGCCCUUAGCUAUCAGAAGACCACAAAAUUGACUCAAAUCUCCAGUAUUCUUGUCAAAAAAAAAAAAAAAGCUCAUAUUUUGUAUAUAUCUGCUUCAGUGGAGAAUUACAUAGAUUGUGCAACACAACUAUUCUCACUGGUACAGAGCACCUAAUCCAGUGACCUGCUGGGUAAACUGUGGAUAAUGGUUACAAAAACUAAUUUUAAAGAAUACCUAUCAAGAGGCCCUGUUUGUACCCAGUGCCCUAUCUUUGCAAUGGUUAGAUGUCAAGAAAGUUGGUAAACUAAAUGUCUUUUGGGAUCUUUUGAAAUAGUGUAUAUAACUUCCUUAAAGUUAUGAUUCCAAACAACCAGCUGUAACACGGCUGAGGGAUUUUUUUUUGAUCAGACCAAGUAAUUCCUCUCACCAAACCUUACCCAAAAACGAAAUCUCUAAUAUGGCAAAAGUGGCUAGACACCCAUUUUCACAUUCCCAUCUGUCACCAAUUGGUCUAUCUUUCCUAGUGGUACAGGAAAGCUCAGCUACUGAUCUUUGUGACUUAGAACUGAAUGUCAGACAUCUAUGUUUGUAGAACUACACAUCCCUACAUGUGCCAUAGAAUUUAACACAAGGCCUGUGAAUUUCUUCACUGUUGAGAAUUAUUUUAAAACAAGCUGUAGUAGCCCUUUCUGUGCACAUAUUACAAACUUUCUAUAAACUCAAAACUUAACAUAUUUACUAAGCCACAAGAAAUCUGAUUUCUAUUCAAGGUGGCCAAAUUAUUUGUGUAACAACUGAAAAUCUAAUAUUAAAAUAUGAAACUUCUAAUAUAUUUUUAUAUUUAGUUAUAGUUUCAGAUAUAUAUCAUAUUGGUAUUCACUAAUCUAGGAAGGGAAGGGCUACUACAGCUUUACAUGCAAUUUAUUAAAAUGACUGUAAAAUAGCUUGUAUAGUGUAAAAUAAGAAUGAUUUUUAGAUGAGAUUGUUUUAUCACGACAUGUUAUAUAUUUUUUUGUAGGGGUCAAAGAAAUGUUGAUGGAUAAUCUAAAUGAUUCAUAGUGUAUACAGAUAUUCAUACAGGAAGCAAUGGUCUCAGAAAUCAAACAAGUUUGCUCUAGGGCAGUAAUGGCAAACCUUUUAGAGCUUUAAGUGAUACAAACAGCCCACUGCGUCUUGCAUGCCGUAGGUUCACCACCACUGCUCUAGGGAAAGAUGGAGGCUGGCCCUGUGUGCAGUGAAGGUUGCUGAGGCUCUGACCCAAUCAGAUCACAGAGGAAUUAAUUCUUUGCCUCCCCUUCUGACUACCCUUCUCAUUCCAAGAGUGAGUCUGUUAGCACAGGUUUAGUUUACUAAUUUCCCCUUGCAUUUACAGUGUGCAAAAGAGACAGAAAGGCGAUGCUUACAUAUGUAUAGGCAUCAUCUCAUAGCAGGGUUACUUUCAUAUACAGCCUAACAAGCUUUAGAAGUUUGGCAAUAAUGUGCAUAGAGGUACCAGCAAUAUGUAAAUAGUGCAGAAUCUCAUAGGAUGCCAG